AUGAGGCGUGGCCGUGGGACCGUGGUGACUUUGGAGGAAGAGGCGGUGGACGAGGUGGCUUUGGAGGAGGAGGCGACCGUCGAGGACCAAGCCGCUGGGAUGAUGGCGGGCGUGGCGGUGGCGGCGGCGGCAGAGGAGGAUUUCGUGGCGGACCGUGGAGGCCGUGGUGGCUUCGGAGGCGAUAGAGGAGGAGGAGCAGGAGGAGGCGGCGAUUUUGGACGAUCGGAUGAUCGAGUUGAGCUCAAGGAAACUGUGUUCGUUCAAGGUGUACCAGUAACAGCAAAUGAGACGUAUAUUGCCGAUGUGUUCAAUACUGUUGGAGAUAUCGCUAAGAAUGACAGAACUGGUCAACCGAGAAUAAAAAUCUACACAGACAGAGGAACUGGAGAACCAAAAGGAGAAUGUAUGAUUACUUUCGCUAGCGCUGAGAUAGCCCAACGCUGUAUUGAAAUGUAUAACGGUCAACCAUUCCCUGGUGGUGAUCGGCCAAUGAAUAUUUCCAUCGCUAAAUUCAAACCAAUGGAUCCAGCAGGUGGACCAGGAGGACGCGGUGGAGGCGGUGGCGGAGGCGGUUUCCGCGGCGGUGGUGGAAGAGGAGGACGAGGUGGUUUUGAUGGUGGAUUCGGCGGUGGCCGCGGAGGUGGCGGUGGUGGAUUCCGAGGAGACUCAGGUGGUAGGGGUGGACGUGGUCGUGGAGGGUUCAGUCGUGGCGCAGGAAACCCUAACAUGGAACAGCGCAGCAAUGACUGGGCCUGUGAAUCGUGUGGAAAUAACAACUUUGCCUUCCGACAAGCUUGCAACCAGUGCGGCGCUCCGAAAGGAGGCGGCGCAGGAGGAGGAGGAGGCGGCCCCCCUGGUGGCGGCAGUGGAGGUGCUAUGCGAGGCGGUCGUGGUGGAUUCGGUGGAGACAGGCACAAACCAUACUGA